UGUUUGUGAUCAUCUGUCGAUUGCGCACGCAUGGGUGGGUGGGUGCUGUGCUCUGCUGUCCGCCGCGUCCCCUUUCUUUUCGGGGUUUUGUUGGAGGUAAGUGAGAGAUGAACACUAAGUUGUCGUGGUUUGAAGAUCGAGAGAGUAGGGAGGCGGAGGUGAGUCGGUCGUUUGGUUUUUGGAGGAGUCUCGUGUUCUUUGGUCUUCGAAGGUGACUUCGAUUGAGGGUGUUCAUAAAGAGGUUGGGGUUUUCUUAGAAGAGGUUAUUUCUGCAUGAAGAGGCAAUAGCCCUGAAUUGUCAUCCUUGCUUCCGGCGUGGGAGAUCUUUUUACAUCUUUUUAGUGCAAGUCCUUUCUGAUGCCUACGAUCUACUGUUCUGCGCCUUGCGAUCCAGGAAGUCGUCGAAUAGCUUUGUAUUCCCGGAAGGUCUUACCGUGGAGACGUGCUGUUUUUUCGGAUACUAAGCGGGAAAGGUUAGUUGAAAAUGAGUGAGAAUGAGAAAUAGAGAUCUCUUCCUGGUAGAAUAAAGAGAGAAUGUUGCACAAAUAGAUGACAUAGUGUAAAGAAGGCGUUGCACUACAUUUUCUGGAGUUACACCUGUGAGAUAGGGGUUUUUGUGUUUCAAGGCGGGUAUUGUUGGAGAUGCAGGUGUAAAAUUUAUUACUGGUUACAUCUUUCUCAGAAGUAUAUUCGUAUAUUUGUUUCAUUCUGGAACGUGUAGGCUACGUAGUCGAAAUCAGCAUUGAUAGACUGAAAUCUUGGAAGACUUGAAUAAGAAGCUCUCUUGGGUUCUUCUGUUUGAAGACGGUAUUUGUUUAAGACCAGUUCUUCGCAAGAGGAAGAGGGUAAAAAAGGAAGAAAUUAAGAAUAUGGACAAAGGUGUUCACAGAAUUAAUUAGAUGGGUUUUCAGUCUAGGUCCGCAAUUUAAUACAUUGUGUACUGCUUCAAGAUUUUCCUAGCGUAUCUUGAAAACUUUCGAAGUCAUCUCGCAGUGUAUUGAUCAGGCGGGUACAGAAAAGCCGUGGUUUUCUAGCGUCUGCAGCCUCGAAUCGAUCAUUGCAGCCUUCUACCCAAUCCAACGUAGUUACUCACUCGUUGUGUAGAAUGUCCUUAUAUUGCUUCCUCCGACAGCCAUCCUGGGAAACUGUAAAGUAGAAACACAGUUUUAUAUCACACUUAGAUUUGUCGUGCAUUUUCAUCUUCCCUUCAAUUACAAAAUUUGUAGGUUUACAUUGAGCAGAAGAAUGCGAGCACGUGUCGUUUCAGAUUUGUAGCAAAGUUUUGUAGAAUUAAUUUCGGUGAUAUUUAAGGCGUGAACAUUGGAUCGGCUGGAUAGAGUGCAACAAUGGGAAGCUACAGGGGUAGAAUAGAUGAUCAGGAACUUAGGGGAAAUUAUCGGGACGUAGAUCCUCAUAAACUAAGUUCCCGAAUGUGUGGGGGUGUUCACUGUGCGCUCAUUCACGGAACCCCUGUAGAAGUAUCACUUGCCAACUGCGACAUUGAGGCAUUGGUGCAACCCUCUCCAGAUGAAGUUGAGGCCUAUGAACUUUACCUUCACCUUCCUGACCUCAUGCGGCUAUGGCGAUCCCCCGUUUGUCCGACUUGGGCUAACGAGAGCGUCGUUAAACCGGCCCUUCAUACUUUGGAAAUGGUUUUCCGUAUGAUAACAAGCAUCCUGCAGGAUCCUCGGCCCUACAUUGCUCGAGAUGAAUGGCUCCGGAAGCUAGAGUCUUUGGCUAAUAUGGAGAUUGAGCUCGUCUCCCACUUGGUUGAAGGCGAUAAAAAGGCUCCUACUACAUCAGCAGGCUCCAUGCCACCAGCGUGGCAGAGGGUCGGCUCAAGACCAUUUAUGAGCCGUACUAGUCAAACAAGUCUCCUUUCUGUGUUACCAAACUGGAAGGGUGUUCAGAGUCUGAGGUCGAGGUUGUUGUAUGCCAUUGAAGGCCACAUGAUGCGUGCACCAUUUACUCUUGGUCUUGGAGAACCUAACCUUGCAGGAAAACCAGUUUUAGAGUACGAUAGGAUCUGCACCCCUUUGGAGGUAUUCGCUUGUCGUCAAGCGGCACCAGGGCAUCCCGAAGAUCACACGCUCAGCACUGCACAUCAAAUUCUAGAGGCAUGGCUCAUGGUUGCGCAUGGAUUACUGCAAGUCAUUGAGGAACGUGUGAAGGCCGGUGACCCUGUAGGAGCUGCAAAGAAGUGCUGGCUUGUAGAGAGGGUUUGGAAGCUUCUAGUGGCUACUAUGGACCUUCUCCAAGUCAUGGACCCUGAUGACUUCAUGAGGCUGAAACACGAGCUUGCUAUCAACACAAAAGCUCAAGUAGGAGUCAACUACGGAUUUGAACACAUCGGAGGAGGUGCGUAUUGUUUACGUUCGAACAUGCUGCGAGAGGUUACCCGAGCCUGCAAAGAUCUAAGACACCUGGUGCCAAAAGCUGUGGGCGUAGAAGCUGACCCCAAAGGAGGCCCGCGGCUCCAGGAAGCUAUUAUGGAGUUAUUUCACACUCACGGAAUGAAAACAUCCGGUAUAACAACACACGCCAGUGUAAUUCAUCUUUUGCAGUCCUUCCAAGCCGUGGAAGUCUCUGUGCGUCAGUUUUACUUCUCAUACCAACAACUUGUUAUAGCUGUGAUGGGUAGUGGAGAAUAUAAGGGUACCGUGCAGACAGAGAUUUCUGCUGCAGAAGCUCUUUCGCAACUCUAUUUUGAACCUCCCUAUUUUCCCAGUCUUGAUGGAGCAAAGACAUUUUUGGGAAAUUAUUGGCAUCACAACCCUGACUUGGAAGAGGGGGCAAUCAUGCGGGAGCUCGUGGAAACUAAGGCAAGAAACAUGCUAAAUGAACAACGCGCACCUCCUAACGUUCAGGGUAGCAGUUCUCAAGCUCCAGAGAGGGACAGCACAAUGAAGGAUGCCUCCAGGUCUACUGAACGACAGCCAUUUGUCAAUGUAUCCCUCGCUUACAAGCAGCGUCACAUGCAAAACGGGGCUAUGAGUGGAAUGUAAUUACUUCCUCUUGAUAGAGUAACUUGGAGCAAAAAUCAUGAUCCUUAAAUUGGAGGAUCGGCAUCGACUUCAAUCUUGGGGCUCAAAGCGGUCUCAGACGUGAAACCAUAGAAGGUACAGUUAGAUUGGUUGUAAUAUUUGAGAGGUAGGAAGUUGCAGCAGGAAAAACCUUCUGCUUCUGGUCAAUUUUUGUGUGCUUGGGUGACGAUGAUAAAGGACAUUUUUAGUUUAUUUGUUCGGAUUUCACUAGUGUCAGGGUUUGUGAGUUGACUUGAUAGAGAUUGCAAUCCCUCCCACAGUGGUGUAAUUUAGUUUUGAGCAUCAUGCUUGAGUGCAGAUUCAUCAACUGAAAUAUACGUUGGGUGCUUUCGUAGUAGCGGAUGAGCUUGACGGAAAGUGUACCUCUGCAGUUCUUAGAAUCAGCAGUGUCUUGCUUCAUGGCAUCAUUUUUCGAUCUAGCACAGGUCACUGCAUGUGUAAAUUUGUGGAGAAUCAUUUUAAUUUGAAGGCACUAGGUGUGAACCUUUCUAGAUCAAA